UGUCUUUCACCUUCACUACACACACAGACCAUUUCACAAAAUAACAGACUCUCCACCAGCCCACACAGUGUGGGAGCAUUUUGGUUACCCUGAAGCUUCCUGCUAUGGACAACAAGUCAGAUGUGAAGGCCAUGAUGGCUCGCUUCAGUUCAGAUGGAAAUGCCAUGGAGGGCAUCUCUUCAGGACGUCCCAAGGUUGCUGUGCACCCAACCCUGUCCUCUGGACCCCCCAUAAAUCUGAAGAAACCUGCCCUAGAGACAAGCCUCUCAGGCAGUGCAGCGUCCAUCCCACCAAAACCCAACUUCCUCAAGAGCACAGUCUCCAACAAGAGUGCUCCAGAAGUCAGGGAGUUACCCAAAACCAAACUGAUUGCUAGUAGGUUUGAAAAACCCCAAGAGGAUAGCAAACCAUCAUUUGUCAAACAGCUAAAUGUUAAACCCAAAAUGGAAGGAUCCCAGGAUGCUGAAGUCAAAAGCCUUUCACCCAAACCACCUUUUCAAAAGCCCCCUCUGAGCUCAACUCUGUCUGACCCCAAGCCUGUCAUACAUAAACCACCAAUAGCUGUGGCCAAACCCUCCUGGGUCAAAGACAACAAUUCCAAACCUGACGAAAGCAGGAGUACCCCGAACUCCCUCCCAUCCAAAAUGACCCCUUCCAUAAAACCAGUCAGUUCGAUUGCCAAGAUGAGGCUAAAGUCAGAGGAUAGCGAGGUGGGACCUGUGGACUCUACAGUCAAACCAUUCACACCAGGCACUGCACCCAAGCCCUCAAACUUCAGGACUGCUCAGAAUGCAUUCAACAAACCAGACACACUACCUGAGGACAGAGCAAAAGAAUUAGCUAAAGUCCCCAUCACGUCCACUGACUCUAGUCCCUCCCAGAAACCUCCAGCCGCUAAGAAACCCAGCUUUAAAAAGCCCAUGAGCCCUUCUUAUCCAGCUGUGGGGGGGAACCAUUCUGCCCUUACCAGUAGCUCCUCUGUCCCAAAACGAAACCCCCUGCCUAAUAUCCUGGCACUUGGAAGUGCCCCAGCCAAACCAAACCGGCCUCCUAGGGUAAACCUGGAAAAGUUUAAGAAGGGCACAGAGGCUAAUAAAGAGGAUGGUCCUGCUUUGUUCAGGAAGGGAAGUGUUCCCCCACCUCCUGCCUCUCAUCCUAGCACCCAUGCAGCCCCGAUCUUGCCCCCACGACCUCCAGGAGCCAUAAACCAACCUGACCUAUAUGACAGCUAUGAUGAUGUGGGUGUGAACAACCGUCCACCGCUACCCUCUGGAGGACAUCCUAGUCAAUGGACCGAGGACAGUGAGAGUGGUGACGACACGUACGAAGGCCUCGAUGACAAUUGGGGGACGGCGGAGUCAAAGGAACAAGAGAAGAAGCGAGAGAGGGAGGAGAAAAAACGACAGGAGGUCGAUAAGAAAGAACAAAAAGAACGUGAGAGGAAAGAACAAGAGGCCAGAAAAAAAUUCAAACUGACUGGUCCUCUGCAGGUCCUCCAUAAGAGCAAGGCCAGAGGGGACAGUAAAGGUAGUAAGAUGGACCUGGCGUAUAAGCAGGGAGACACAAUUGAAAUCAUGCGUGUUACAGAGAACCCAGAGGGCCGCUGGCUAGGGAGGUCACAGGACGGCUCCUAUGGCUAUGUGAAGACUGAGGCAGUUGAGACCGACUUUGACACCCUGAAGCGGCAGGGUGUGUCUUUAAGCCAAGGACAGGAUGUAUAUGAUGAUGUCGACUUCCCUGAUAAAAACAACAGUGACAUCAGGGGACCAGCAGUGGUUCUCCCUCCCCCUCCGGGUGAGGAACUAUAUGACGACCUGGACAAUUCCAGCUUCAACAUCAGCCCAGGCCCUUCGGACCCCAGAUCGCCUCCUAAAGCUCGCGGCCUCUCUUGGGUGUUUAAGGGCUUUGAGGAGUGGAGAAAAUGCCCAGGCAGCAAAAUUGAAGUGCCCCCUCCAUCCCAGUUUGACCAGGAAGAAAACUCUGAGGAUAAGGAGAUCUAUGAUGAUGUGGAUGUGUCUUAUCCUAUCAGCAGUAAAGGCAAGGGGAAGGUGGAGGAGAAAGAUCCAAAGAAGCUAAAGAAAUUUGAGAAGGAAGAGAAGGAAUUCAGAAAGAAGUUCAAGUAUGAUGGGGAGAUCCAGGUCCUGUAUCAGGUGACAAUCAUUUCCACCUUGGCCAAUAAAAAGUGGAGCAGUAAAGACCUGCCAGUUAGGCCUGGGGAGACUCUGGAUGUCAUUGUUAAGCCUGUAGACAACAAACUUAUCUGCAGGAAUGAAGAGGGCAAGAUUGGCCAUGUCUUGACCAGCCAUAUUGUAGUAGAAGAUGCUGAUAUCUAUGAUGACAUUGGGGAUGAUUGCAUCUAUGACAAUGACUGAAUGCUGUCUGCAAAUGAAUGCCAAGAUCUUGUGUUUUGUUUCUUGUUUUCCAUCAUCUUUUAUUUAUUGUAGAUAUUUUGAGUUUACAUAUUUGGGUGAUUUUCAUUCAAGAUCAAUAUAGUCCAAACUCCACAGAUACCUCCUCAAUGUUUUACUUUAUGAAUAGGCAUAGCUGUGACUUUGCAAUGGUGUUUUUAUACUGAAAACCUAUAGCUCACCUAAUAACAUUGCUUAUCACAUUGAAUACAUUAUACUGUACAAUCAGCACGACUCACAAAAUUACUGAUCGACAAUCAAGAUGCAAUAACAAUAAUUAGGAUGAUCACAAAUGUGCAUAUUAAAAGCAUUUGCUAUGUGAUCCCAAAUAUAACAUGUAUGUUUUAUGUAUCACUUAACAGGUGUUCUAUUAGUGAAUCUGAGACCAGGGUACAGACCAUAUAUUUUAGGCUUUUGCUUGUAAUUAAAAUAAUGAAUUAUAUUAAUAAAGCAUUUAGAUAAUCAAGAUAGGUAUCUUAGCUACCACUUCAGAUUGUAACUAUAUCUCUAGGUCAUCCCAGUUGUUUACAAUAGUUACGUUUUUUUCCCCCUAAAAUAUUUCCCAACAUAAAACCACUGUCAUCUCACUAUAAAAUAUAUUUAGUUUCUGUAUUUUUGUAAUAUCAGACAGAACAAAAUGUCAGUGUACCAUUUGUAAUUAAAUAAUAAAAGAGAAUUGGUCUGCAGUCUGCAUAAUUUUACAAAGAACUGUAUAUACUCUGCCUUUGGAAAGUAUUCAGACCCUUUCACUUUUUUUGGCAGCAAUCACAAUCUGGAUUUGGGCAGUUUCUAAGAUUCUUCCUGAUUUACCCUCUUUAGCUCUAUUAGACGGGAUGGGGAGCAUUGGUAAACUGUGAUCUAAGGGUCUUAAGGCCUCGAUAUACUCUAGUUUCGGAGGAGUACAGUGGAUAUAAAAAGUCUACACACCCCUGUUAAAAUAACAGGUUCUUGUGAUGUAAAAGAUUGAGAC